ACCGCUGAGCUUCAGCACGCUGUUUUAGUUUUGCGUACCCAUACACGUGGACGUGAGAAUCAUAUCAUGUUCAUUUCACCGAGAUUCAACAUGUGGAGUUGUUGUUUGCUGGCCCUGUGCUUCUUACGGACUAUACAAGCCGGAUGGUGUCUUAAACUACCGGAAGCACUGGACGUUGUUUACCCACAUCUCAUUGAAAGUCGCAACGAGGCCGGCCAAAAAGUCAUCAAAGUGACCAACAAUAUCACGUUGAACUUAGAGAAAAGCUCUGUAGUAGGAAAACAGUUCUUACUACGUACAUACCAGGGCGACAUUAUGGAACAUAACUAUCUUGACGGAGAAUUAUUAGAAGAAAAUCUUUACCACGACCUUAACCUUUUUGCCUCCGUAACUGUUUCUGAAAGCGCGGGAUUGACGGUGGAAGGCAUAAUAGGCCAGAAAUAUGGCAUAAAGCCUUUACUGCCGCAAGAAAGAACGACGCAAGGGAACAUUCCUCAUAUGAUGUACGCGCUCACCGAAGAUAAAUUUCAAAGGGACACUUUCCGCAGGCCAGUGAGUUCCUUCGUUUCGUCCAGGCACAACGUGAACCAGAGACCGCCAGACAAGAUAAUCUUGGAGCUUAUAAUUGUUGUGGACAGUGCUUUCCGACAACAAUUUAAAUCAAAGCUGGAGCUGCUGGUGUAUCUUAUGAUAACAGUUAAUUCCGUGAACAUAAAGUACCUCACAGUGUCAGACCCAGAAGUAGAGAUAAAAUUUUGUGCUCUCGAAGUCAUUAACCACAAAGUGGAAAGUAAUUUUUUCGUGCGUAAAACAUGGCUUCGUAUAGAAGGCUUUGCUACCCUCCUUAAACUUGAAAGAUACGUCAGAUUUAAUUAUCAAAAAUACUCGUCUUACGACGCACUAUACCUUGUAACAGGCCUUGACAUGGGAUCUGACGGGAUUAAAGGCUGGGAAUCAGGACAACUAGGGAUCGCAUACAUCGGAGGUGUCUGUUCGACUGAGAAAGUUGGCAUCGGUGAAGACAAGAAAGAUACAUAUGAGGGAGUUAGGAUUAUGGCUCACGAAUUGGGACACAUAUUAGGCUGUCCCCACGACAGCCAGCAAUACUAUCGUUUUUCGUCUAAGCAAUGCCCUUGGUAUGGAGGGUACAUGAUGACCCACCUCAAGAAUAGCAGCAACGCCAUGAAGUUCUCUACCUGCUGCAAUGAAGCGAUCACACAUCUUGUAAGAACAACGAACCUUAAUUGCCUCAAGCUAGAAAACGCAAUAAGAAACAUAAGCCAAAAAUAUGACACAGAUAAGCUACCUGGUGAAGUGCUAAGUAGGGACGAAGUGUGCCAACAAUCAUUUCCUGAAAUUGACGACAUUCGCUACGCAACGGCAAGUUUGUUUGUUUACUACGAGAUAUGA